UUUUUUUUGCUUGCAGGCCAACAAUUUGACCCUUCUGAAACAGAUUAGCAUCCUCUCCACAGAAUGUGUCUUCCAACACGGUUGUUUAAGAAAUGAGAAGCUCCUCACUGCAUCAGCUGGGCUUAAAUAAGUUGUUGCGGCUGAAACAUUCAUCACUGCAAUAGUUAUCCAAUGGACGACUCUUACCUAUCUGCUUAGUAAAAUCUAAGUGGCGACUUUUAUUUUUUGGACAGGCAGUGUAUAUUUUCUGAGUCAACACCUUGUUGCAGUCUUGAGUCUGGCUGUAACUUGACACGGUGCAGCUCAUUUCUGGAAGGUGAUGCAGUUUUCAUUAUUUCUGAUCAGAGGUCAUCUUACUAUAAGAUUUCAUUUGAGGGCGUUCACAUUCACAAUGGUUAAUCGGUGUAACUCUCGUGGUGUUUUCACACAGACUCUCUGCAAUUUCUGCCAUCUAUCAACAGAAUUAUCCUGAACAUAGAGACGCUGUUCGAUCAGGAGGUUUCCAUUUCCUUCCUUGUUGCCCUGACAGCAGUGACGAUCAGACCGACCCGCGCGCAGUUUCAGUUUGAGUCCUCGUGUCUCAAAUUCUUCUGUCAGUCGAUAGUUGUUGUCAGAGGAUCAAAGCGAAGGCCCAUCCAACCCACAGAGCAAAGAGAAGCGGCAUCAGCAGACAGCCUGAACAUGGUGAAAGUAGAAAGUGUGAGCUGACGUGAGUACAGCAGCAUGGAUCGGUGUGAGGUUUCUGACAGCACUGUGUCUGGGGAUCAGAAGAACCAGAACAAAGCUCAGAGUGAUGAAGCUGGACCUGACCCUGAACCCAGCUGUUUGUCCUUUAACAGCGACAGGUCAUGGAGUUUGCUUGUUGAUUUUAAAGGAGAACAACCUUCUGCUGUGGCGAGAUUUGAUGAGGAGAUCUCAGAGGGUCCCAGUGCUCAGCCUGCAGAGCAGUGUGACCUGGACUCCAUAUUCAUGGUGCUGGAGGAAAACAUGAUGACUUUUGUGAAAAAAGAGCUGAAGAAGAUACAGAAGGGUCUGAGUCCAGAUUACCCAGGAUGCUCAGAGAAUCAGAGGGAGGAGGAGGAGUUGGAGGAUGAGGAACAGGCGAGGACCAGCACCGAGAUGUUUCAGCAGAUCACAGUGCACUUCAUGAGGAGGAUGAAGCAGGAGAAGCUGGCUGACUGUCUGCAGAGUAAACUUUCUGCCGCCGUCUGUGGACGUAAACUUAAAUGUGAUCUGAAGACAAAAUUCCAGUGUGUGUUUGAGGGCAUCGCUAAAGCAGGACAGCCGACCCUCCUGAAUGAGAUCUACACAGAGCUGUACGUGACAGAGGGAGGCACUGCAGAGGUCAAUGACGAACAUGAGGUCAGGCAGAUUGAAGCAGCAUCCAGGAAACCAAACAGAGCAGAAACAAGCAUCAGACCAGAAGACCUCUUUAGAGGCUCACCUGGAAGAGACCAACCAGUCAGAACAGUGAUGACACAGGGAGUGGCUGGCAUUGGGAAAACAGUGUUAACUCAGAAGUUCACUCUGGACUGGGCUGAAUACAAAACCAACCAGGACAUCCAAUUCAUGUUUCCAUUUACUUUCAGAGAGCUGAAUGUGGUGAAAGAGAGAAAGUUCAGCUUGGUAGAACUUGUUCAUCACUACUUCAGUGAAACCAAAGAAGCAGGAAUCUGCAGCUUUGAAGACUUCCAGGUUGUGUUCAUCUUUGACGGUCUGGAUGAGUGUCGCCUUCCUCUGGACUUCCACAACAAUGAGAUCCUGACUGAUGUUACAGAGUCCACCUCGGUAGAUGUGCUGCUGACCAACCUCAUUAGAGGGAAACUGCUUCCUUCUGCUCGACUCUGGAUAACCACACGACCUGCAGCAGCCAAUCAGAUCCCUCCUGACUGUGUGGACAUGGUGACAGAGGUCAGAGGGUUCACCGACCCACAGAAGGACGAGUACUUCAGGAAGAGAUCCAGAGAUGAGGAGCAGGCCAGCAGCAUCCUCUCCCACAUGAAGACGUCACGAAGCCUCCACAUCAUGUGCCACAUCCCAGUGUUCUGCUGGAUCACAGCUACAGUUCUGGAGGAGCUGCUGAGAACCAGAAAGAGAGGAGAGUUGCCCAGAACCCUGACUGAGAUGUACAGCCACUACGUGGUGGUUCAGGCCAAAGUCAAGAAGGUCAAGUAUGAUGGAGGAGCUGAGACAGAUCCGCCCUGGAGUCCAGACAGCAGGAGGAUGAUUGAGUUUCUGGGAAAACUGGCUUUUGAGCAGCUACAGAAAGGAAACGUGAUCUUCUAUGAGUCUGACCUGACAGAGUGUGGCAUCGAUGUGGAAGCAGCCUCAGUGUAUUCAGGAGUGUUCACACAGAUCUUUAAAGAGGAGAGAGGACUGUACCAGGACAAGGUGUUCUGCUUUGUCCAUCUGAGUGUUCAAGAGUUUCUGGCUGCAGCCUACAUGUUUCACUGUUACACCAACAGGAACGAGAAGGUGCUGGAGGACUUCCUGGGGAAAGACUGGAAAGACAAUAACAGACAGACACUAGAUGAGUUUCUGAGCAGAGUCAUGGAGAAAUCCCUCAGAAGUAAAAACGGUCACCUGGAUCUGUUUGUUCGCUUCCUUCAUGGCCUCUGUCUGGAGUCCAACCAGAACCUCUUAGGAGGCCUGCUGGGUCGGAGAGAGAAAAGUCCAAAAAUCAUCCAGAGAGUCCUCAACAAUCUGAAGAAGAUGAACAGUGAUGAAAUGUCUCCAGACAGAAGCAUCAACAUCUUCCACUGUCUGAUGGAGAUGAAGGAUCUGUCAGUACAUCAGGAGAUCCAAGAGUUCCUGCAGUCAGAGAACAGAUCAGAGACGGAACUGUCUGAGAUCCACUGCUCAGCUCUGGCCUACAUGCUGCAGAUGUCAGAGGAGGUUCUGGAUGAGUUGGACCUGAACAAGUACAGAACAUCUCUGCAGGGAAAACACAGACUGAUUCCAGCUGUGAGGAACUGCAGAAAGGCUCGACUCUGUGACUGUGGACUCUCAAAGAGUCACUGUGAAGUUGUUGCUUCAGCUCUGAAGUCCAACCCCUCCCAUCUGACAGAACUGGACCUGAGUGGAAACAAACUGCAGAAUUCAGCACUGAAGCAUCUUUCUACUGGACUGCAGAGUUCAAACUGUAAUCUGGAGACUCUCAGAUUGAUGUACUGUAGUUUGUCAGAGGUCAGCUGUGAUGCUCUGGUCUCUACUCUCAAGUCCAACCCCGCCCAUCUGAAACAUCUGGAUCUGAGUGAGAACAACCUGCAGGAUUCAGGAACCAAGCAUCUGAGUGGUUUCCUGGAGAAUCCACACUGCAGCCUGCAGAUUCUGGCAUUGAUGGACUGUCGUUUGUCAGAGAUCAGCUGUGAGUCUCUGGUCUCAGCUCUGAAGUCCAACCCCUCCCAUCUGAAACAUCUGGACCUGAGCUGGAACAAAGAGCUGCAGGAUUCAGGAGUGAAACAUCUGUGUGGUUUUCUGGAGAAUCCACACUGUAGCCUGCAGACUCUGAGGUUGAUUUGCUGCAGUUUGUCAGCGAUCAGCUGUGAUUUUCUGGUCUCGGCUCUGAAGUCCAACCCCUCCCAUCUGAAACAUCUGGACCUGAGUCAGAACCGGCUGCAGGAUUCAGGAGUGAAACAUCUGUGUGGUUUUCUGGAGAAUCCACACUGUAGCCUGCAGACUCUGAGAUUGAUGGGCUGUAGUUUGUCAGAGGUCAGCUGUGAGUCUCUGGUCUCAGCUCUGAAGUCCAAUCCCUCCCAUCUGAAACAUCUGGACCUGAGAGACAACAACCUGCAGGAUUCAGCAGUGAAGCAGUUGUAUGGUCUUGUUUUGAGUCCACACUACAGCCUGCAGACUCUGGGCUGGAAGUGGUGAUGGUCAUGACAGUGUUUGUGCUGAGAGGAUGGAGUGUGUCCUGAUGAUCCAGAGGUUGAAGCAGCAACAGCAGCUGGUGUGGAGAGACUCUGACUGGACCAUGUUACUGGAAGGUGGACUGGGAACCAGUGUAAAGUGUGUUGUUUUCACUGUGUAGUUUAGUGUUUGCAGCUCCACACUGAAUGAUGAACUGCACCGUAUGUUAUGAUCCGUUGGAGGUUGAUGUCAGGUUGUAGAGUGUGCAGGAAGUUUCAGGAUGUUUGUGUCAGUGCAGGAUUCUUGAAACAGCUUUGGUGUAUGUUUGCUGGUCCUGCUGAAAGUCCUGUGUUUGAGAGAAUCCAUGCUGCUACUCACAUGCUCCAGUUUAGCAGCUUUAAAGCUACCAACAGGCCUGUUGAUGCUCUUCUUCUGGUCCUUCUACCUCCGGACGUUCUGCCCCAACAGUCCACUUUAGUCUCACCAGUCCAUCAGACUCCCAGAACUAUGCUUUGUUCCACACAUGAAGAGCUUAUUGUUCAGUGUUCUCAGACUUUAGUUGCUGCCUUCAUCAGGUCCUGCAAAUCUUUACCAAUAAAGCAGGUUUUCUCCCAGCUGCUACUGUCAAACAUCUGCCUCCUCCUGGAGAGAUUUUGUGCAGUUUGAUUGACUCAGCUCAUCCACAUGAGAUUUCUCCUGGUCCAUUCUUCAAAGGAGCCAGAAAAUCUUCAAGUUUUCAUCAACACUCAGUCUCCUGGUGAACUCCAAGUAUUUUCUAUCCUCAGACUUCAUAAAGAACAAAACACCAAAGUCAGACUCCAAGUAUCGCUGCUUAUGGUUCACUGUAUCCAGCAAUACUUAUUUGAUCAUUUUUAAAUUGCUGAUUGCUUUUGGUGAAACCGGAAGUACUGUGACGCCAGCCCAGGCAUACGUGGGAAUUAAAGCUAGGCCUACAGUCAUUCAUUCAUUGAAUGGUGUGUUGGAGCAGCAGUAGCCAGGCUGUGGCCCGCAUACAUAUUUCAUCUUGGCACAUGUAAGUGUCAACUUUUGUUUUAUUUUAUUUCACUUGGGAGAUUACUCAAUCCAGGCUGCUCAGUGGAGUAGUGGUUAGCACUUUCGCCUUGCAGCAAGAACAUCCCUGGUUCAAAUCCCGGCCUGGGAUCUUUCUGCAUGGAGUUUGCAUGUUCUCCCUGUGCAUGUGUGAGUUUUCUCCGGGUACUCUGGCUUCCUCCCACAGUCCAAAAACAUGCUGAGGUUAAUUGGUUACUCUAAAUUGUCCGUAGGUGUGAAUGUGAGUGUGAUUGUUUGUCUGUAUAUGUAGCCCGGUGACAGACUGGCGACCUGUCCAGGGUGCCCCCUGCCUUCACCCUCAGUCAGCUGGGAUAGACUCCAGCACCCCCCGCGACCCUAGUGAGGAUAAAGCGGUGUAUAGAGAAUGGAUGGAUGGAUGGAUGGAUGGAUUACUCAAUCCAAAACACAAUUUAAAACUUCACUGUAUUGUGUGUUUGCAGGAGACCAUUUUGACCUUUGUAACCUUUUUGAUGUUUGAUCCAUAGAGACAAUAAACUUUUGAAAGACA